AUGGAAGAAGUGUUUGUUAUACCUGAAUGUUCUCCACAAUUGAAGCCUGUGAUUGGUCAGAAGUUCCAAUCCCUAGAUUUUGCGUUUGCGUUUGCGUUUUAUGAUGUGUAUGCCCGCGCUGUUGGGUUUGAUACGCGCAAACAAGGAAUGAGGAAGGCGGCGGACGGUGUUACUACUUGGUAUUUUGUGGUAUGCAAUAGGGAGGGCUGCAAGAGGUCGAACGAGGAAGACGAUGUGAAUGUACGUUCUGGUUUUACUCUUAAACGCAGGCGGUUUUCCAAGCGAUGUGGUUGUAAAGCUUGUAUAUCCUUCAAGUACUUUUCCGAAGCAGGAAUACCGGGAUAUAUUAUUCACGAGUUCAACGAGGUUCACAACCAUUGUAUGGUGGAGUCGGAGCAUCAGCAGUUUAUGACACUUAACCGGAAGUUGGAUGACGUACAUCACAAAUUCAUUCUUGACUGUUCCAAGGCUAAUAUAGGCCCCACACUUACCUUUAAGGUAUUGAAGGAAAUCCUCGGUGGAUUUGAACUUGUCGGUUGCAAUGUUGGGGAUAUCAGGAACACAUCUCGUGACAUCAAAGCAUUCGCACACGGUUGUGACGUGCAGAUGGUGUUGGACGACAUGGCGAAGAAGAAGGAGUUGUCGGAUGCCUUCACAUAUCACUACGAAGUUAAUGCUGCUAACCAGUUGGUUGCCCUUUUUUGGUGUGAUGGUUUGAUGAAAAGGAACUACCAUAUGUUUGGUGAUAUAGUGGCGUUUGACUCCACUUACAACACAAGAUCGAUCCCCCUAGACCGCAGAGCAGACACUCUUCAGUUGGCUUCCAAGGUUCCAGGCAGGUUGCUUAGGGACGAAGAUUUCAAGAAAGAAUUCAAUGCAUGCAUUUGGUCGCACUUGCUUGAACCCGACGAAUUUGAAGAGGAGUGGAAUGAAGUGAUUGAGCGUUAUGAGCUUCAACAAUGCUCGGACUUUCGGAGGAAUGCUAGAACAAAGCUGGACUACAACGAUGCUUACUCUGCCCAUCUGGCCACUAAGUUGGGAACAUCUUGCGACGAUUUACAGACGAGUAUGUUCAGGAAGAUACAAGAAGAAAUUAUUGAUGGGAAUGACGAUGCCGUGUCUUGGUUUUCAUCACAGAUAUGA